AUGAGCCAAAAGUUGACAGGCGCCGCCGUCGCCGAGCACAACUCCAAGGAUUCAUGCUGGGUAAUCGUGCACGGCAAGGCCUACGAUGUCACCGAGUUCCUGCCAGAACACCCGGGCGGCCAAAAAAUCAUCCUCAAGUACGCCGGCAAAGAUGCGACCGAGGAAUUCGACCCCAUCCACCCUCCCGACACCCUUGAUAAGUACCUCGACCAUUCCAAGCAUCUCGGCGAGGUCGACAUGUCCACUGUCGAGCAGGAGGAGAAGGCAUUCGACCCGGAGGAGGCCGACCGCUUGGAGCGCGUGAAGCGGAUGCCCCCGCUCGCCGCGUGCUACAACCUCCUGGACUUUGAGUCCGUUGCACGGCAGGUCAUGAAGAAAACGGCGUGGGCAUACUACUCCAGCGGAGCAGAUGAUGAGAUCACAUUGCGUGAGAACCACCUUGCCUUCCACAAGAUCUGGUUCCGUCCCCGCGUCCUCGUCGAUGUCGCGAACAUCGAUAUGUCCACCACCAUGCUCGGCACUCCCUGCUCCAUCCCCUUCUACGUGACCGCCACCGCACUCGGCAAGCUAGGGCACCCGGAAGGCGAAGUCGUGCUCACCAGGGCCGCGCACCAGCACCAGGUCGUCCAGAUGAUCCCGACCCUAGCAUCCUGCUCCUUCGACGAGAUCGUCGACGCCCGGCAAGGCGAUCAGGUGCAGUGGCUACAGCUCUACGUCAACAAAGACCGCGAGAUCACGCGGAGGAUUGUCGCGCAUGCCGAAGCUCGGGGGUGCAAGGGCCUCUUCAUCACAGUCGACGCACCCCAGCUCGGCCGCCGCGAGAAAGAUAUGCGGUCGAAGUUCAGCGACGCCGGCUCGAACGUACAAACAGGCGACGACUCGGUCGACCGCUCCCAGGGCGCCGCCCGCGCCAUCUCCUCCUUCAUCGACCCCGCACUCUCGUGGAAGGAUAUCCCUUGGUUCAAGAGCAUCACGAAGAUGCCGAUUGUGCUGAAGGGGGUGCAAUGCGUUGAGGACGUGCUGCGCGCCGUCGAGGCCGGCGUCGACGGUGUCGUGCUCUCCAACCACGGCGGCCGCCAACUCGAAACCGCCCGCUCGGGUAUCGAGAUUCUGGCUGAGGUGAUGCCGGCGCUGCGCGAGCGCGGCUGGGAGAAGCGCCUCGAGGUGUACGUUGACGGUGGUGUGCGCCGGGCCACCGAUAUCCUGAAGGCGCUGUGCCUCGGCGCCAAGGGCGUUGGCAUCGGGCGACCCUUCUUGUACGCUAUGUCUGCGUAUGGGCUGGACGGGGUCAACCGGGCGAUGCAGCUGCUAAAGGACGAGAUGGAGAUGAAUAUGCGGCUGAUUGGCGCGGCGCGGAUUGAGGAGCUGAACCCUAGUUUGCUGGACACGAGGGGCUUGUUGGGUGGGCAUGCUGGUGCCAUCCCAUCCGACACGCUUGGUCUCCACGCGUAUGAUCCGCUGGAGGCGCCGCGGUUCAAUGAGAAGGCCAAGCUGUAG